AUGGUCGCAAUGAAAGAGUCGAAUCGCAUGAAAGUGGUUAUGGAUAGCAACAAGGCUGCUUUCGGUUGUUGGCAAAUGGCUCCUGGUUCGAAUAUUUCGAGGACUUUAGCCCGAACUGGAGUUGACUUUGUUGUCGUCGAUUGCGAGCAUGGAAAUAUUGACGAUGCCUCGAUGCAUGAAGCAGUACCAGCCGUAGCGUCCUGUGGCGUUUCGCCUAUAGUCCGAAUUCCUGACAAUCAGGGUUGGAUGGUCAAACGCGCACUCGAUUCUGGUGCUCAUGGAGUACUCGUGCCGCUCCUUUACACGGUCGAAGAUGCGAAGAAACUCGUUCGUAGCGCCAAGUUCCCACCCCAAGGCCAGCGAGGAUUUGGGAGUCCUUUUCCACAUGAACGAUUUGACCCCUCUCUGGGAGCCACCGACUACCUCAAGCAGGCAAACGAGGCGAUUUUGACAAUUGUACAAAUUGAGACUAAAGAAGCCCUUGAGAACGUUGACGCAAUCGCUGCGGUUCCUGGGAUUGAUGUCCUUUUUGUUGGCCCAUUCGACUUGGGAAACAACAUAGGUCAUCCUAUUCUUGACGGGACAAUGCACGAGAAUUUGGUAGCCGCCAUUGACAAAGUGCUACAGGCAGCAAAUUCUGCUGGCAAAAAAGCAGGAAUCUUUUGCACCAACGGACAGCAAGCGCAGAAUUUUGCUGAUAAAGGCUUCCACAUGAUCAGUGCCGCGACAGAUAUACAUGUGCUUGCUGGAGGUGUAAUGCAAGCAUUGGCGAUAGCGAAGAAGACUGGCCCGGCACCUAAGCAGCAAGGCUAUGGGAGUUGA